UUGAAAAUGUCGCGAGAUAAGGGGAAUGAAAAUAGCGUGUCGAAGUUGGUUAAAUUACCACCCAAGUUGCUGGAGGGGGUUGAUAACGUGGAAAAUAUUUGGGAGAGUAUGAAGGAGAGAUUUCCCCAGACUGCAUCGCUACUUUGUGAUAUGGAAAGGGUUAUGAAGCGAGCAGAACAUGCACUCAGGCAUCGAGAGAUCGAGGCACAAAUCUCGAUGACCGACACGGAAUCCGAAUCCUCAAAUAAAUCCAACAGCCCCGAUAAUGAUUUCAAAAGUUCGAAUGAGUGGUCUCGAAUGGUGAACGACUUCCCCGAAGACUCAGAUUCAAAUACAUUGGACCUCCCCGAGAGCACCGAUUCUCCAGAAGAAGCUCUGAAUAGUCCCCCGCAAAAUGAACUUAUUGAACUAGACAAGCUAUCCAUUAUACGAAAGUUCAACGUACCGCAGGAAAUCUACAAUCGCACAAUCUCCACAAUAAGCUCGAUAAAAUUAAUCGAAAAGAAAGUCGCGAAGCAGGAGCCAUCGAUAACCACCAAGGAAGCUGUGUUGGCGCCUGUUCAGCCUUGGAUAUCCUCGUACGAAGAUAAACCGAUAAAAAAUGAUAAUGAUUCUUAUCCCCCUCUCUCGCCACACAAAAAACAACCCUCCAACGUGUCACCACUGAAAACCGUAUCAGCAGACUGUGAUAAACCCUCACACAUCCCCGUCAGAAGUCCCAGGCAAAUGAUAUCCCCAAGGACGAAAGACACGAAUUUGAAAAAAGCCAGAUCUCCCAGCGGAAAGUUAAAACUUCCAAAGUCACCCCCGCCCUUCAACAAGUUCGCCAGCAAUAAUUCAUGUAAUCGAAUAUUUCAGAAAAGUGCCACCAGGGCUCCAUUAUAACUUAUGAUUGAGUGAGAACGAGUGACUCCUAUUUAUUCGAAUUUCAUUAACACCAUUUAAU